AUGAAUUAAGAGAAAGAUUGCUCUUAUAUGUAAUAGGUUAAAUUUGAUUUGCGUCGACGAAGAAUGCAUAAUGUGCCUUCAGUAUUUAAUUGUGAAGCUCAGAAACGUAGGAAUUCUUUCUCUCUGAGUUCUGAUGCUUGUAAGAGUCCUUAAAGGAAGGCAACAAAAUACUUCGAAAAUCAAAAUCCAGGAUAAAAUGCUUAUUUUUGGAGUUUGAUAAAAUCAAAGAGAAAUGAAAAUGAAUAAUUUGUUUAAGUGUUGAAAUCUAUGUGUCCUAUUUAAGUAAAUGAAGUUGAAGCAAGAUUAUAAUUUUUGUUAAGAAAUUUUGGUUAUGAAGAUGAGAAAUCUAUGUUGGAAAUAAUAGAAAAUAUAUAAUAGGGUUAAAGAUGUUAAUAAUGGACAUAGGAAGAAUCACGUAUUUUGAUUUGGGCUAUUUGUAAAUUGGGAGUAUAACAUAAUUAAUGGAAGGAAUUAGGGAAUUUAUUGAAUCGUUCAGUAAAAGAAUUGAAAACACAUUGGACAGAAUUAAUUCAUCAUACAUAAAGAGGAUUAUUAUGGACAGGAUAGGAAGAUUAAACAUUAUAAAAUAUGAUAAUGACUUAUUUGAAUAAUUCAUAGACAAUAAAUUGGAAAUGUAUGGCAAAUGUAUUAAAUAAGACUGAUAAAUAAUGUUAAGAUCGUUGGUAUAAUACACUUGAUCCAUCUAUUUCAAAGGAUGCUUUUAAAAUAGAAGAUGAUUUAUAAUUAUUAUAAUUAGUUUAGAAAUAUGGAAAGAGAUGGAAAAGAGUAUAAAGAGAAUGGUCAUUAAAUAGAAAGAGAUCUCGUUAUGAUUUGAAAAAAAGAUUUUAUGAAUUAUUAAAUUAACCAGAUUCUGGUUAUGAUAGUGAUACAUCUUCAAAUUCAUCAUAAAAAUAUAGGAAAUUAAAUUAAGAUGAUAUGGAUAAAAUAUAGAAAUUGAUUUCUGAAAUGUAAAUAAGUGAAGGAAUGUAAUUAGAAAAUAAAUUAGGAAAAGAUAAAUUAUUAAAAAAUAAAUUAUUAAGUAUUGCUAAGAGUGAUCUUGAUAAAAUGUUAAAUUAAUAAAGAAAAAUAAAAAUAUAAUCAGCAAGUACACCAACAGAAGAAAAAAAAAAUGAUAUUUAAGAAGAACCUGAUGAAGUAAUUAUGAAUACACCAUCAAUUAUGAAUUCUUUAUCAAGAUGUUUAUUAAAAAUUAAUUUAGAAACAGAAGAUGAUUAAUUAUCAAUUGAUAAAUUAGCUAUUCCAAAAGUUUAAUAUAAUGUUGAUUCAGUAGAACAUCUAAAACAUGAAGAUAUAUUUGAUAUCUAAUUUGCAUUAGUUAAUGAUAAAACAAAUACUUUAUAUUAUGCUAAUUUAGAAUUCAUGUAAUAAUUAAUUAAUUUAAUUACAAAUCAAAGAAAAUUGAUGUAAUUAACUGAUAUGAAUAAAUAACCAUAGAAAACUAAGAAAAAAUUCAGUUCUUAAUAAUUAAUUCAAGUAUAUCCUAAUAAAGUAGGAUUGUCAUAAUUUAGUUAAGAUGAUGCUAAAUAACAAUGAAUAAUUAUUUCAACUAAUUUUCAACUCUUAUUUUAUAUAUAUAUAUAUAUUUAUAAAUGGAUUUUUAAUUGCCAAAGAGGUAUGGACUAAAUAAACCUACUUUUAAAAUGAUGUACAGUAUAUCCUAAUAAGGGCUGGCUAACAUUUUGCUAAAUUUGAUUCCUCACUCAAACCACUCAAAAAUCUAAACACAUUCAUUGAUCUUUCUAAACCUAUUCAAGAACUUAAUUACAUAGAACAUAGGAAGGUUCGUCAGAUUAUGCAACAUCUUAAAUUCUAAUCUUAGAGUCGUAAAUUCAUCAAUCAUUAGGAUGAAUAGAUAGCUGCCAUUAGUCAACAAUUAGAAAUGGAAUUAGAAAAUCUAGCAAGAGAAGAUUCUCCAACACCUUAAGUAGAUUUAGUCAAACUCAAAUUUCCAUCAGAAAUGCAAACUAAAUUUGUACAUGAAUCAGCAGCUACUCUCGAAACUCAUUAUAAUCUACAUCGAAUCAAAGAAAAAAUGAAUCAUCGUAAUAUUACUUUAACAGAAAGUGAUUUACUUAAUAAAAUUACACAAAUUAAUUUCUAAACUGCAAGAAACACAGACACUAAAGAAUUUUAUCAUAAUUUUAGUAGUUCUCAUCCAAGAUUAAAGAAAGAAUAGAAAUAAUUGAGUCUUGAUUAAAAAUACUAAAUACUUAAAGAAUAUUUAAAAGAAAGAGGUAUAGUAGUAGGAAGAAAAGAAUCUAUUCCUAAUGAAGGAUACUUAUAAUUUUAUCAUGAAGCUACUAAUAGAUUAAUUAAAUAAACUAAAGAACAAUAACUUUUAAAAUUUAGAAAGAGUAUUACUUUAAAGACUUCACCUGAUAAUUAAGAUCAUUCUCCUAAUAAAAAAAUGAGUAUUACAAAAAUAACUACAAUACCUACUACUGUAGGAACAACACCUGCUUUAAUUGGUAUAACUCCUAGUAAUUAUAAUAUGCUUCAUUAAUCAUUAAUUAAAUUGAAUGCAGGAUAAAAUAGUUCUCCUGUUUUUAUUUCUCAUAGACAUAGAACAGAAAGAGAGAAAUCACCUGAAAAACCUUAUUCAGAAAAAUGGUAGGAUUUUUAGAAUAAGACAGAAGCUUUAUAAAGUUAUUAUCUUAAUGAAGGAAAGGAAUGUUUAUAAACUUUAGAAGAUUUAGAGAAUACUAUAGAAAAACCUUAUUUAAGACAUUUUAAUUAAAUUAUCAAAGUUGAAUAAGAAUAAGGGAAUUUAGAAGAAGAAUAAAAAUAAAAUAAAAUAAUGAGAAAAAGAAAAUAGAAUUUGCCAAAAAAAUUAAGAAUGUAGAAGAUCUUCAAAUCUGAAUUAUAGUGA